AUGGCUUGGGCCGCCCGGCUCCGCGGCGCGGCCCCGCGCGCCCUCCUGCUCCCGCUGCUGCUGCUGCUGCUGCUGCUGCUCCCGCCGCCGCCGCUGCUGGCCCGGGCCCCGCGGUCGCCGGAUGCCCACCGCCGCCACCCAGUGAGGAGGGGGCCGCAGCCCUGGCGUGAAGCUCCUCCCAGCAGCCCGGCACCUGCCCCGACCGCCCAGAAGGCCCCUCAGCCUGCCACCGGCCCCAGACCUCCCCGCUGCGGCGUGCCUGACCCGCUGGACGGGCCGAGCGCCCACAACCGACAAAAGCGGUUCGUGCUGUCGGGCGGACGCUGGGAAAAGACGGACCUCACCUACAGGAUCCUCCGGUUCCCAUGGCAGCUGGUGCGGGAACAGGCGCGGCAGACAGUGGCAGAGGCCCUACAGGUAUGGAGUGAUGUGACGCCACUCACCUUUACCGAGGUGCACGAGGGCCACGCUGACAUCAUGAUCGACUUCACCAGGUACUGGCAUGGGGACAACCUGCCGUUUGAUGGACCUGGGGGCAUCCUGGCCCACGCCUUCUUCCCCAAGACCCACCGAGAAGGGGAUGUCCACUUCGACUAUGACGAGACCUGGACAAUCGGGGACAACCAGGGCACAGACCUCCUGCAGGUGGCAGCCCACGAAUUUGGCCAUGUGCUCGGGCUGCAGCACACGACAGCUGCUAAGGCCCUCAUGUCCCCUUUCUACACCUUCCGAUACCCGCUGAGCCUCAGCCCGGAUGACCGCAGGGGCAUCCAGCACCUCUACGGCCGGCCUCGGCUAGCCCCCACAUCUAGGCCCCCAGACCUGGGCCCCAGGGCCGGGGUGGACACCAACGAGAUUGCACCACUGGAGCCAGACGCCCCACCAGAUGCCUGCCAGGUCUCCUUUGAUGCGGUCGCCACCAUCCGCGGCGAACUCUUCUUCUUCAAGGCAGGCUUUGUAUGGCGGCUGCGCGGGGGCCGGCUGCAGCCCGGCUACCCUGCGCUGGCCUCGCGCCACUGGCAGGGGCUGCCCACCUCCGUGGAUGCAGCCUUCGAGGAUGCCCAGGGCCACAUCUGGUUCUUCCAAGGAGCUCAAUACUGGGUAUACGAUGGUGAGAAGCCAGUCCUGGGCCCCGCGCCCCUCUCUGAGCUGGGCCUACUGGGGUCCCUGGUCCACGCCGCCCUGGUCUGGGGCCCCGAGAAGAACAAGAUCUACUUCUUCCGAGGCGGAGACUACUGGCGCUUCCACCCCAGCACCCGCCGUGUGGACAGCCCCGUGCCCCGCCGGGCCACCGACUGGCGAGGGGUGCCCUCUGAGAUCGACGCUGCCUUCCAGGAUGCUGACGGCUAUGCCUACUUCCUGCGCGGCCGCCUCUACUGGAAGUUUGACCCUGUGAAGGUGAAGGCCCUGGAGGGCUUCCCCCGCCUCGUGGGCCCCGACUUCUUUGGGUGUACCGAGCCUGCCAAUACUUUCCGCUAACCACGGCUUGGAUGUCCUCAGGGCCGCUAACCCCUGCCAGGACACCGACAUCGGCUGGAGACUAUGGCCAUCUUUGUGGCUGUGGGCACUGGGCACGGCACGGAGCCGUGCCUACUGGGGGUGGGGGUGGGGGCGAGCACUGCCAUCAGGACUGCAGGGAGGGCCGCGCGGGUCGUGGCCACUGCCAGUGACUGCCUCAGACUGGGCAGGGCGGCUCCAGCAUUAAGGGUGAGGGUGGCCUCAGGCCAGCUCCACCCAACCUUUGCAGGUCACAGUCAAACCCAGCUGCCCUGGGUCUCUGUCCCCAUCCUUCAGGGUAGCACCUCAGCAGGGCUGGGGGAGUUGGAGCCCUCACUGUCCUGGCUGUGGGGUCCCACAGGGUGCUGGCAUGUGGGUCCCAGGGCACUGUGCCUUCUGUCUUUUCCUGAGAAGUCAGCUCUGGUAGGUGCUUGGAACUGGCUGCCUUCCAGUUGGUGGUUCUGGAGACCUGUUCCCCAGGAUCCAGGGCGCAAGGGCCAGGCAGCUGGGGAGGGGGGUGCUUCCUGCCAGAGACCCUGGGACCUGGAGGCCCCAACAUACCUCAAUCCUAUCACGGGUCGGAUC